AUGGCAUCCCGUCCGGAAUCUAGUAGGGCCGCUGGUCUUCGCGAAAGCGCGCGAAAACAGGAGUCAUUUUACGCAGACCCUGUCGAUGAGCCUAGUAGUCGAAAACGGAAGCAAGCCAAGGGUGGGAUGGCCCCUAAGAACACCAAGACACUCAAGGAGGAAUCAAAGCCUUUGGAUACCAACUGGCUUGAACCGGAUCUGAAAAUCUCUUACGUUGGUCGAGUUACAGGUCCUGCAAAGGCAGAGCCAACUCCACAACGGACGCAAUAUAUGCACCAAGAUCCUGCCAUUACAGAGUUGAGCAAGGUACCCGCGGGCUGGACUCGUCAUGAGCAUGACCUUCAUCCUGAUGAUUAUGAAGCCCAAGUUGAACGGUGCCUGGAGCGACUGGAAGAAAACAUCAUGCCGAUCUAUUUUGAAACCAGGCUGAAGGAGCUCAAAGAGAAGUGGAAAGAUCGCGAUGCAAGAAUGGACGUGUACCCAAAGCUUAGCUGGCCCGUCGUACAGCGCUUGGAAGUCCUAGCUAAAACCCUAGAAUGGCUUGUCAAAGAAGAUGAGGAGGAUGAAUAUCAGCAGGUGGACAAUGUGAAAGCCAUUAUAAAGGCAUACAAAGACAAAACCCUUGAUUGGAAUCCAGAACUUGUUACAUACUGGUCCAAGGGCGCACAGCUUUGCCAACCGAGGCCGUUCAAAAUGGAUGAAUUCAUGCACAUCAACGUCAAAUACGAGGGCCAUACUGGAUUUUGGGUGGAAGGAUUUAAUCAUGUACCAGAACCUGAGAUGCUCCAUGUGUCCGCCACGCCUGGUAGGCUCGGCAAGCUGAUUGAUAUUGAUUUUACCAUUCGAUUUCCUUCGGAAGGUGCCUGGAUGAAUCAACAGGAGCUCGAGCUGGACUUUGUAGAUGAUACCGGAGCCGGCACAAUGACAGUAUACGGUGCCGAUGUGAGACUUCUCCAAGGCAUGCAUGCUAAUAGCGUCAUACCCGUUUCAUUGCCACCGGUCCUUGGUGUGGUUGCUAGCGUUAUGGCCGACGGCACUCAGUCCUUCGCCAUCUCAAGGAUGCUCGAGGUCAAUAUACGGGAUUCAAAUACGAAUAGCAUGCUAUUGGAUCAUUGGACGGCUGUGCCGUGCGUAGUACGCGGCGGAUUGGGACCCUACUCUGCGAGACUGAGUGGCCCGUGGAUGCGACGGAGGUUGUAUACCUACACGGCCCCUGAUAAUUCUCACCGUCUAUGGGUACACCAAGGUCGCCCCUUGGUUCGUGAUAUGCCUAGGGCAACGGUUGCCCAGAGAAUGAUGCCUAUGCCUAUCAACCCAGCAAGUUACGCACCUCUGGCUGACUAUCCUCAUCUGAAUGACAUUUACCCAGAUGGUAUCCCGCCAGAGCUAUCAGCAGGUCCAACACCUUAG